GUUACUGUGUGUGUCCGUGUGAGGGAGGGAGCAGCACUAUCAACGACAACACGCAAGAGCGAACCGGAAUCUCGCUCAGUAAUGGUGUUUAGUUAGCAGAUGUCCCGAACUCACUGCUGGCAUUUUUUAAAUUUAGAAAGAACAAUCUUCCACCAAUCAUGAAAUUUGCCGAACAUUUAUCAGCUCACAUCACGCCGGAAUGGCGCAAACAGUACAUCCAGUAUGAGGCAUUCAAAGAGAUGCUAUAUGCAGCCCAAGACCAAGCACCAUCUUUAGAAGUUACAGAUGAAGAUACUGUUAAGAGAUAUUACGCUAGGUUUGAAGAGAAAUUCUUCCAGUGUUGCGAAAAGGAACUUGCCAAAAUCAAUACAUUCUAUUCAGAAAAGCUUGCUGAAGCUCAGCGCAGGUUUGCUACGCUCCAGAAUGAGCUGCAGUCAACGCUUGAAGUGCAGAUGGACCGCAACACAUUUUCCAACUUGCGGCAGCGGAGGAUUGUGUUCCCUCUCUCCCAUAAGGAACGCGUACAUCAUAGGAACAUUCGUGACCUAAAAUUAGCCUUCAGUGAGUUCUACCUCAGCCUGAUCCUGCUCCAAAACUACCAGAAUCUGAAUUUCACUGGUUUCCGAAAGAUUCUGAAGAAGCAUGACAAGAUGCUGGAGACGAGUCGAGGCGCUGACUGGCGAGUAGUGCAUGUAGAGGUGGCUCCAUUCUACACCUGCAAGAAAAUCACUCAGCUCAUCAGCGAAACAGAGGCCCUUGUUACCACAGAAUUGGAAGGAGGUGACAGGCAGAAAGCCAUGAAGAGAUUGCGAGUGCCGCCCUUGGGAGCUGCUCAGCCAGCUCCUGCCUGGACCAUAUUCAGGGUGGGAAUGUACUUUGGAAUAUUUGUUGUACUACUUGCUGCUCUGGUUCUCAUAGCUAAAUCAAAAGAGGAAAACAUUUGGCCCUUGGUGCGUAUUUACCGUAGUGGAUUCCUUUUGAUCGAGUUUCUCUUUCUUCUUGGCAUCAACACAUAUGGCUGGCGACAAGCUGGAGUGAAUCACGUGCUGAUUUUUGAACUCAAUCCCAGAAGCAAUCUCUCUCACCAGCAUCUCUUUGAGAUUGCAGGAUUCCUUGGAGUUCUUUGGGGCUUGAGUUUAUUCAUCAGUUUGUAUGGGCAAUACAUUUUAAUUCCAAUGUCAUUCAACCCUCUCGUAUUGUAUGGGUUCAUGUUCCUGUUUCUGAUCAAUCCUACAAAAACUUGCUACUACAAGUCUAGGUUCUGGCUCUUAAAACUCUUGUUCAGAGUCUUCACAGCUCCAUUCCACAAAGUAGAGUUUGCAGAUUUUUGGCUGGCUGACCAGUUGAACAGCCUGGCCACAAUCCUGAUGGAUCUGGAGUACAUGAUCUGCUUUUAUAGCUUUGAACUGGAUUGGAGCACAGAAAAUGCCCUUACUGAAUCUCCAGAUGUUCGUACAUGCAACAGCUACUCCUAUGGAGUAAGAGCUAUCAUCCAAUGUCUGCCUGCAUGGCUGCGCUUCGCCCAGUGCCUUCGCCGCUACCGAGACACCAAACGAGCAUUCCCUCAUCUGGUCAAUGCCGGAAAGUAUUCUACCACCUUCUUUGUAGUGACCUUUGCUGCUCUGUACAGUACACACAAAGAACAGAAGCACGAUGAUGCGGUGGUGUUUUUCUACCUAUGGAUCACCUUCCUAUUGAUCAGCUCCUGUUAUACUCUCACCUGGGACCUGAAGAUGGACUGGGGUCUCUUUGACAAAAAUGCUGGAGAGAACACCUUCCUGCGUGAGGAGAUUGUCUAUCCUCAGAAAAUCUACUACUACUGUGCCAUAGUGGAGGAUGUCAUCCUGCGAUUUGCGUGGACUGUGCAGAUUUCAGUCACCUCAAUGAGCACUUUUCCUUCAGCAGGAGAUAUAAUUUCCACUGUGCUGCCUCCACUGGAAGUUUUCCGCCGGUUUGUGUGGAAUUUCUUCCGUCUGGAGAAUGAGCAUCUGAACAACUGUGGUGAAUUCCGUGCCGUGCGUGAUAUCUCUGUGGCACCUCUCAAUGCUGAUGACCAGACCCUUUUGGAGCAGAUGAUGGACCUUGAGGAUGGAGUGCGGAACCGCCAAAAACCAAAUUGUGGAAGCGUACUUACAGCAUCUCUUUGCGUAAAUCACUAGUGAAACCUCGUGAUGCAGCCGUGUUAAUUGAAGACACAGAUGAUGAAGCAUACACAUGAAAAUCAGCAGCGAGCAGGCACUGUCCUUCACACGUUCCAGUUCUACCAAGCACUGAACACAAUCUGCCAGCGCAUGUGGCAACAGACUUGAUUCCAUUUUUCUUCCUUUGUUUUAAUAUAUUAAUUUAAACCGAUUCAAGAAGGUUGUAAAGAACAAUUUUACAACAGACAGCAAAACAUAUCCACAUGGAUCAAAUCAAAUGGAACAGACUCUGAGCUGGAAAAUACCAAUUUAUUUUUUUUGUUUCGUCUUGUAUUAUUUUCUCUCUCUCAGGCUCCGUAUAGCUAGGGCUGGUUUUAGCUGGGUUCUUCAAAUCUUUCUAACCAGCUCAUGGCCCUGGUUGCACUUGCAGGGAAAGUGCACUUAAUUGUACUUCCUACGUGAAGUUAUGGUGUUAAAAAAAUUAAUUUUGAUAUGCAUUUGUUCUGUUCCUAUCGGAAAUAUUCAUAUUAUUUAUGAGAGAAACUUGUGCCCUGUAUGUUGAUGCAGAAUUUAGUCUCAAUGUUCGUUGAACUUAUUUUUUGUGUUUUGGUCAGUGAUCAGAUUUCCUGUUGCAAGGAAGCAAAACAUCUUUAUUAAGAGCACUUCAAAGCUUUCUAGGUGGCAGAUCCCACAGAGCUAUCAAACGCAGGAGUCCUGCAUCCAACACAGAUCACCAGACUACAUUCCAAAUGCCACAAGAUAUCCACAACAGGCUGGUAAAAAUAACUUUACAGGUGCCACAAACUGUGUUUGCAUUGUUUAUAAGUCAUAUCUAAAGCCAGUGGCAUCAAGGGAUAUUAAAAGAAAUGAUUCAUUUCAGAAUUUUCUAUCAAUGAAACUUGCAUAUCCCUGAAGCCAUUUGCUCCAAAUUUUCACAACAAAUUCAGCAUAAGUAAUAAUUCUGUUUUUACCAAAGGUUGAAUGUCAAGUAAUGGAUUCCCUCAGUGCAUGGAUGUAAUCCAUCAUUGACAGGAUUUAGAUAUUCUUUUUCAAUUGCUUGUGCCACUCUUGGAAGCUGCUAACUACCCAGCCUGUUGUAGCGAUGGGAAUGUUGACUUGCGUGAGGAACAUUUUCCCCAAAAUGAUCAGUGCUGUCUUUCAUAAAGCUGCCCUUCCUCUCCAUCCUACAGAAAUACACCACAUCAGAUUACUCCAGCAAUAUACACUGACAGCAGUGUAAGUGAUAUCUAGCCCCUUAGUGGUAUACUUCAGUGGAGCCACCUUAAGAUCUAGUUCAGUCGGCCAGUGCCAGAGAGAUUUUAAUGUGGUGUGUUGUUUUAAAGGGAUAGUUGUCCUAUUACCUGUGCCAAUGGUUGCUGUAUAUGUCAGGCUUAGAAUUCACUAAUAAUGUGUGUCACAGUGAAAGCUCACAAUGAAGAAGUUCUGUAGUGCUCGGUGACCGUUCAUGUCAUGUUCUGAAUUCAUUUCAUCUACUUGAUUUUUAACAGGGGUUUCUGUUUUUUAAUAUAGUUGAUUUAGCUGGAUUGGGACAUUCAGAAAUUACCUUGUAAUAAUGACUCUCUUCAGACAUAAUCUUAAGUGGGCUCCAUUGUAACAAAAGACAAGAUCCUUGGCAUGCAAAGGAGAUCAAGGUAAGAGUAUACCUGGCCAUGGACCUCCAUCAGGUUUUGCUCUCUGUCAGACCACUUGGCAAGUUUGAUGACCCAGCCUGGUUAAGGAGUGAUUUGCAAUAUGCUGGAGAUGCAGGAUGUUGUUGUGGAAUGGGGGAAGCUGCUAAUGCAAAGGGAGCACUGGGUUUGGCUUGCUUGGAUGCAGGACUGCCUUCCAAAACAGUAUAGCCUAGCACAUACACUUAGAGAUAGAAGUUGAAGCAUUUUUUUGAUGAAUCAUUAAUAGACAGAAUAAUGACAAAAUAAAAACACUGUCCAAAUCUCAUUCACUGGCACAUUUCACAAUAUUCACCCAUAUUUCGGUUUGCAAGAAUAGCUUACUUUGUACAAAAUUUCACAUUCCUGUUGCCUUCUUUUAAUAAAAUGCAUGGAAAAUGGAUGCAAUUCAAUUACGUUUUAGCACCUACAAAGAUGAAGAGAGCAAACAGGCCCAAUGUGAACCUUGGAGUUUGGUGCCUCAGGAAAUGAGUUUUGAGCAGUUCCACGUUACAAACGGAGGCAACCUCUGCUGCUCUUUUCAUGUUAUUGGACUGCUUCCGGUAAAAGCUCUUCCCUGAUGGAAUUGGUCCCCAUGAAAUGGUCCCCAUUAUGACUGGAUCUAAUGGAAGACAGGGCACAGUUGAGAGCAAUCACAUUGGUGGAUGUGGCCCUUCAUUGCUGAGUCAAGCUUCCUAUUGCUCAAUGACAUAGGGAGUCUAAAUUGGGACAGGCAUUAUAAGUUACAAUAAAGGAUGGAGAGAACAGAGGUAUAAAGGAGCUUUCUUUUCCUGCCUAUAAUGUGAGAUAGCGCAUGGGGAAAUGGGUUGCUCAUGGUGGUGUGCUGGGUGACCAUUAUCAGAACUGCAUUGCACUAUCAACUCGAGAUGAGUUUGGAUGAAGCAAGUACCAAGAAUCAGUUCAGCAUUACUAUAGCCCAGAGUAUCCUUUGAAAUAAAAACAGUAAAUGCUGAAACACUCAGCAGGUCAGGCAGAAUUUGUGGAAAGAGAAACAGAGUUAACCUUCAGGCCUUCGACCUGAAACAUUAACCAUUUCUCUUCCCACACAUGCUGCCUGAUUGGUUGAGUGUUUCCAGCAUUUCCAUUUUUAUUUCAGAUUUCCAGCAUCUGCAGUUUUCUUGAUAUACAUCCAUUAUCUGUCCUUGUUUGAAAGCAACUUGGCUUCAAAUCAGUUUCACAACCUAGUUAUGAAUGAGACUCAAAUCAAAUUGAAACAUUAAAAAUAUGAAUGUCAAGUCCAUCCCAAAAUGCCAUAUUUACAUCUUUUUCUUAUAUGAUUCCUCUUUAUCGGGAUAGAUUUUGCUAAAUGGGAUUGUGAUGCAGAAUGAAUAGCUGACACAAAAGUGACAAUACAUUGGUUAAGUUUUCUUUUCUGAAUUUGAGAUUCAGAGAUCCAUUUUAUGGUGCUUCCUUCUCCCCCAGCUAAAAACAAAAGCCAACCAAACCUUGCAGACUCAACAGAUGAAAGAACGAACCUUAUGUAUAGCAGAAGUGAGCAGUUCUGAAUCAGACACGGGACGUACUAGUAUUGCACUAAUAUUGAUGUUUGAGUGAGCACUUGAACUCCUGCUUUGUUGCUUUGCUGAUUCUUCACAGGGAUGGGAAAGCUGUAGCUUAAGGAGGUUUGGAAAUCCGUUGCCUGUUUCUGUACAAUCACACAAACCCCCAACUCUUGUAGAAGGAUUGAGUUUUUGGAAGUUUUCAACAAGAUUAUGCUUCAAGUAAAUCCCUAAUUUCAUUGUGGGCAAAGGCGCUUACACUUUAGGAAUAACAAUGUUUUAUAUAGUUGCAGUAAUGCUGCACAUGGCUGAUUAAAUCUGAACCACUGAAUCUGAUUGAACCUGAUCUAUGCCUUGCAUAGAGAAAGCUAGAAAAGGCAAGAAGCAUCAUUAUGAAUCAAAAUACAGAAUCAAAUACAACAGCAUUGAUCAUUACUGUAGCUUUGGCACUGUAGAUAGCAGGAACUCUCUAACCAAAGACUGAUCUGCUCUGAAAUAUCCACUGCUUUGGGUUUGCAUAUUGUCUGGAUAACUGUGCUCUAUUUCAUCGAUGUGCUGCAGGUAAUCAAUGGCUCCCUUGACCUGCAAUGGUUUUGACAGCCUGCAGUUCUUUGGUGAAGGAACCGAUCAUUGCUCUGAGUCCCAUGACUCCCUGUCAUCAACUAUCAUUUCACAGUCAACAUAUUCCCAAACCAACCAGAACAGAGUGGUUAAAGUCUAAAAAGGGCGAGGGUGAUUAGGGGUCCAUGAUGACUCAGCAUGUUUAUCUGAUAUUUCUGGAAGGGAUUAGAAAACUGUGAAAUUACUUUUCCUGUGUUCUGUCCACAACUUCUUGGUUCUUACUGCCGAUGGCAGUGUGGGAGUACAGGAGGGCAUCCUAACCGUGGAAUCAGUACUGGAAGGUGGGGCUCUCCAAGUAAAGGUCUAAAGUUGCCUUUAACAAAAACACCCAUGCUUCCUCUGUACCUUGCUGCUGCUUCUUAAGUAUCCCUUGAGGUCGAGGAUAACUUGCUUCCACCCAGCUCUGUGAGUUUUGAGGUGACUGUGGAUCUGUGGACUCUGCCCAGCAGUCAGGAUGAGUUUGAUGGGACAGACAGGUGGGUUGUUUGUGAGACAAUGCACACCACAUGCUCCUGUUCUAGGGGCUUGAAAUUCCCUGUACCUUCCUGGGUGCUGCUGUUCCCCUUUAGGAGUCACAUACAAGGAAUUCCCAUGAGUUGGUGAUAAUGUUACACUUUUUUAAGGAAACCUUGAACACUCGUAAAGCAUCUUCUCUGCCCUUCUGCAAAUCUCUUCCUAGGACAGAGCUCCAAGUAGUCCAGUUGUUUCAGCAAUCUGGUAUCAGGUAUAUGGACAAUGUGGCCCACCCAUUUGAGGAGUUGAUCUGAAAAGGGGUAUGCAAAAGAUGACUGACUUGACUUGUCUGAGGGUGUAUAGCCGCCUGCAACAAGACAGUCCCAGCCAUCCCAUUUGGCAAAGUGAGACACAUUCAGGAACUCAUGAUGCCUGGGAGUGCAAUGUACACUUUCAAGAGAAGAGUCCAACAACAGUGGACAAUUACAGGAAAAUCAAUCUGCUUUUCUUAACCUCCAUGAGUUGCAGAGGUGUAUAAGCCACAGAAGUGUCCACAGUUGAGAUUAUUCCACACCCUGUCAGUACAGUAGCACAUCACUUUGGGAAGACCAAUGCCUUAGGUUAAGGUCAUACAGUAUAAUGAAUUUGAUGCCAUUCCAUGCAGUGGAUUUAAUGAGUGCUGUCACACUGUAUUAAGUUGAUAAAACAUUAACUUGUCGAAUCACAUAACCCAAAAUGUAACUGCACUAAAUAAUAAUCACUUUUUAGCUAUUGUUUAACUUGUAUUAAAUAAAUAAUUAAGUAGUAGGCAGUCAUCAGUGAUUUGGAGAAAGCAGCAUAAACUGAGUUACAGUUUCUUUGCCCCCUGCUGCAGGUCCCAUCCUGCUCCCAAAGAUAAGUCUUUGUCAAUCUCUGGCAUGACAUAAUGCUGUGAGUGUUGUUGCACUUCAAAGUGAUGCUGCUGGAUCCAGAAAGAAUUACAUGGCACCAAACUCUCUGCCCAGUUGGCAAGUCCUGUCACCCACAAAAUAAUCUAAUGCUUCCUUGACUGAUGUCUUGGGGAAUAGCUAUCACAGUUGUAACCAGAAGGGGUCAAACUCCGGGAUCAAGCACAGUUUUAUUAUCGGCUCAGUGGUCUGGUCACUCUCAGUUGAUGAUGCUCCAUUUAUUAAUUCACUUGCCUGGUUCUUAGCAUGUACUGUUGACUUGGACUUUGUUUCAGAAGGUCUGUCGAGAAGGCCCCAAUAAGCCCAUGUCGCAGCUAACCUCAACAGCAAGCACACAUUCAUGGAGUUGUAGUGUAGGCUCUGCACUCACCCUGUGGUGGCCUUUCUCCUUGCCCCUCUGCCUGGGCACUGUGCAACGAUGCUCCCACCUCCACCCUCCCCUGGAAUUAAGAGUGGAAACUCCUAUCUGGCUGUACUUUGUAAAGUAGCAGUAGAAUCCAGAUGCCUCAAGCUGCAGAGGCUUGGGACUUCUAAUGUCAUGGCCUUCAGGAUGCUCAGCCUUAGGCAGGUGGAUCAAUAUUGCAAUAAGUAGUUUUUUAAAACUUUAUAAGGGAAUGGGUUGCUAAUUAAACUAUGAGACUCAUCUAUGAAUAUUCUUUCAAUCCUCUGGUUAAAGCUAGUUGGCACCUUAACUUAGUAAAAGCUUUAUAGGAAACUGUUCUUACCCAGGUCCUUGUUUAUCAGGGACUCUGUGAAAGCAGACUCUGGAGCAGUUAUGAUGCGAUGGGAAGGAACAUGGACUAAUGGCAAAGUUGAUGAGUAGGUGUGUCCGCUGAGCCAAGAAGACCACCUGUCCCUCUCAUCUGAUGGCAAUGUUGUGAAGAUGACCUUGGCCCCCUGCUACAGUACCGUGCUAUACAAGUGACAAAGGAAAUACUUUUAUCUUACAAAGAGCACAUUGGAGGUUUGUCCAACAGGGGCCCUCUGGUAAUCAUGCCUCCACCAGUCCUACCACUCAAGCUGGGACAAUUAUUAGGACACCAGGCUUUUGCUUCUGAUCUUUGUUACCUUUGCUCUAAACAUUGAUGCAGACAUCCAGGAAAAAAAACCUGCACUUUUCACAUCAGUUUCUGUUCAAGGAGUUGUGGGAUUUUGGGUGCAGACUUCGAAUAAUCUCUGGUGGCUGUCACUGGCAUCGGGGUCAGAGGUGCCAAGGUGUGCUCCUGGAACAGACCAAUACAGUGUCUUUCAGUUAUUAUUUUCCUCUAAAAUAUGUUGUCUCUGUUUUUAACCAGAUAAAACAUAUUCAAAUGCAUCAACACUGCAUUGAGAUGGAACUGUUUUCAACAGUACUCUAACUUGAUGGAGCAUUUGAAGUCUUUGUGCUUUAUUUUACUCUGUAUCUGUUUUAAAUGCACUAUCUGUAUCUGGAGCAUAGGAUGAGUAGGAGAGUGGAGUGUCGUGUCGUUGUUUUAUUUGUUGUCUGAAUAACAUGCAGGCUCUAAAUGUACAAUCGUGUGUUAACAUCUUAAAAAGGUGAACAUACAGAGAAAUGAGGGAAGAUGGAGGUGGAGCAGCCUCGUUCAGCACAAGGGUCCAGCGCUGUGUUACCAGGAGCUCAGUGUUAGCCUGUCGGCAGUAGGAGAGGUGGACCUUAAGAGUCUGAGUGUUAGGACUCACUUCUACUUCACCCAUGAGGCUGAAAUCAGUUUUAAAAUUUGGCAUGGACCCAGUUGCAACCUAAUAGUUAAUUAAGAUGGAAGGAGACCGAAUUUCUACAAGAGACAAAUUAGUGACAACUGACAGUGUACUCUGACAUCUCCCAACCCCCUCCCUUGUUCACACAUUCCCCUUUUUUAUAUCCAGAUGUGCUUCUCAAAUAUCCUUGACGUUCUGUAUACACUGGGCACCUCCCCUCACAUUCUGCUGCCGUUCCCACAUUGCCUGCAACACAAAUCACUCUGUUUUAGCAAAUACACUGCACCACCUGGACUUUAUUGCAGUACUCAGGUCAAAGCACGAGUGGUCCUGGAGAUGGUUAAAACUUAUACCAUUUAAGACCAUAGCUGAGAGUUGUUCUUGUAGCUAUCAGCUUGCUUGUGAAAUAGUUUUUGUAACAAACCAGGUUCACACUUUUUGCAGGAAAAUGUCCCUACAGACUGUUAUCUUUGAAAUGUAACUGGCACAUUCUAGGUAGAAAUAGCUCCACUUUUUAACUGAAUUUAUUUUCAGUUAUUUGCAAUACUUUCUAUUAGGUUGCAAGAUUCACAACGAGAAUCCUCAUGCUGUGAGAGUUUAGUUCAAAGAAUUAAGUUCCUAGAGGAAAUCUGUAAACCUGGCUCCUCUAAUUAGAGCUUUUCAUAGUGCCACUUCUGAAUAGUACGUCAAAAGCCAACAAACCAAACCGUGACACCCUCAUACAGUUAAACCCUGCUGGUUUUGGUUGUUGUUAGUAUUAGUCCUUGUACGCAAUCCUAGGAAUCAGAACACAUAUUCUGAAAAAAGUGAUAGGUUAGAUCUAAUAUAGUUGGGCUCUCAUUUAAAAUAUAUUAUUUUAAUAUUGUUUAAAUUUGAUCAAAUGAGAAAUGGAAUUCAAUAAUUAUGAUCUUUGGUCAAUGCCAAAAUAAAGUUGCUCAAGAGUUAGGACAUCAAAUGAAAAACCAAAAAGUGCUGUAAAUAACACAGCAGGUCAGGUGGAGAGAGUGAGAAACAGAGUUAUGUUUCAGGUCAAUGACCUUUCAUUAGCUAUUCAUCAACCUGAAAUAUUAACUCUCUCCACAAAUCCUGUCUUACCAACUGCAAAUUUACAGCAUUUUCUGUUUUUAUUUCAGAUUUCUAGCAUCUGCUGCUUUGUUUUGCUCUUCAAUCAUUUGGACCAUGGUGUCUGAAUUAACCAGUUUCACUCGGUCGGGUUAGUUUAUUUUUUAGGGACACAAUUGCUUUAGUGAUACAUAGGUUAAUGGUCUAUGUAUUUAUCUAUCAAUGCUCAGCAGAAUUAGUCCUUCUUGUACGUUACAAAUGUGAUGACAUUCCAAAAUUACUUCAUCGGAUGUAAACAGUUUUGGGAUAUCCUGAAGCUGUAAAAGACGCUUUACAAACGUCUUUUAUUUGCUACCAAUUCUGGAUUUUAUGCGACUCUGGAGCACUUCUAGACCUUGGAUAAUACUGCUCAUGUAUCGCACAGAUUACUCCCAGGGCUGGUCACGCUGCUGGUCACGGUUGGUCACUGCUGUUCCCUUCACACUGUGGAUACUCAAUCUGCCCUAUCCAGCUGUGGGCUCAUAUGGGAAUCCAACUGAUUGUUGGAUUUCUGUGCGUGCUUUACCAAAAUGUAUGGAAUUCUACACGAAGAGGGUUCUUCUCUUCAGGGCUACCUGGCGUAUCACAUGGUGUGACACCUUAUGUCAAAUAUUCACACAGGGAUUUCAUUGCCCCUAUCUGGAGCUCCAUCUCCUAACACACCAAUAAUGCACAGGCAAUUAUAUAUCAUUGUAUUCUGGUGAACAUCUUAACUGGAGGGAGGAACUGAGCAUUAAAUGGUGUGAUCCUUUUUGAUGUUUAUGCUCCAUUUUUUAAAAUAAAAAUCAGUAACAACAUUUAAUAAUCAUCACCCUUCAAAUGUCAAGUUGAAGUGUUUUCAAAUUUAUAUUAUGGCUGGUAGAAUCUUUAAACAGAGUGAUAAAAAUUCUAAUAAAAUGGAGUGAACAGCUCACAAAACUGGUAUACCAGGAAGGGGAUGGUGCGUAUUAAUUCUGUUAAUGAUUUUCUUGUAUCAUUUCAGAUGUAGGU